AACAUCUGUCAUUGAACUCUAACAAAUAAACAAACAAAAAACAUAUCACGUCAAACAACAACCCGCAUAUACAAAUCAUAAGAACUACAUAGACAUCACUUUUUGUCCCACAUAAGACUGCCAAAACAGAAACAGAAACAGAAAGGACAUGGAGAACCUAGACUCUACUAUCAACAGCAUGGAAAACAGUCGAUUUGCCGCCAUUUACGGCGGUCUUAUCAAGGAGAUCGCAGCAACUUCGAAGAUGUCCACAUUGGACAUCACCUGUUUGAUCUGCGUUUACUACAAGUUCGUUAAAUUUAACGGUCCUACAGCAAAGCAGAUGAAGAAAAGCCAGUUUUACCAGAUAUUCUUGGUGCUGUUUAACGUGGCAAACAUUCAGGUCAUCGAGCGUACUCUUCUAGCCAUAACAAAAGAUACGAAUUAUGUGAGUCCGCAGGCGUGGGUUAAACUCUUCGAUCUCUAUACAACUGAGGAUCUUGACAGGCGCAUGCGAUUUGCUUUUGAAGUCUAUGAUACUAAGGGCACUGGAGUUAUCGAUCGCGAGCAGGUGGGCGUGGCAUGCGAGAAAUUCUUUCAUGAUGGCGAUGACGAGGACGAACUUAUUGAACUCCGAGCGGAUAUGACCGAGUUUAUUAUGAAAAAGUUUGAUGUAGACAAAGAUGGAGUUAUUUCUUUUGAGGACUACUCUUCGGUGGUCUCCCAGCAGCCCAUUUUGGUUGAGUUCUUGGGCUGGCUUUUUCCCUCCAGGGACGAAAAGGAUCUCAUGGCGCAUGUUAUUAAUAUGGACUCCCUGCUGAAUUAUAGUAACCCUUAAUAAAGAGCCAGUGACUGAUUUUCUUU